GCGGCUGCCGUAGGGGUUAUGCUGGUCCUGGUGCUGGUGGUUCUCAUCCCUGUGCUCGUUAGCUCAGUGGGUACAGAUGCCAGCCACUAUGAGAUGCUGGGCACCUGUCGCAUGGUGUGCGACCCCUACCUGAACAAGGGCACUCCGGCCAGCAGUACCAGCUCCACCAGUCUCCAGGCUGAGGCUGAGGCGUUGAGCGACCAAGGCAACGUGCUUCCACCCUCCACCUUACUGCAAGGCCCACAGGGGAAGCCUGGCAGGCCAGGCAAGCCCGGACCACCUGGACCGCCGGGGGAACCGGGCCCACCAGGACCAGCUGGGCCUCCUGGUGACAGAGGGGAUCAGGGAAGGACUGGGAUUUUGGGUCUGGGGGGAAAUGGAGCUAUCAGCACAGCCACCUACAGCACGGUGCCGCGGGUGGCCUUCUACGCAGGGCUUAAGAACCCCCACGAAGGCUAUGAGAUCCUCAAGUUUGACGACGUGGUCACAAACCUGGGCAACAACUUCGAUGGCAUUUCGGGCAAGUUCAUCUGCAGCAUACCGGGCACAUACUUCUUCAUCUACCAUGUGCUGAUGAGAGGAGGGGAUGGCACCAGCAUGUGGGCAGACCUCUGCAAGAACGGCCAGGUUCGUGCCAGCGCCAUCGCCCAAGACGCUGACCAGAACUACGACUACGCCUCCAACAGCGUCAUCCUCCAUCUGGACGCGGGCGACGAGAUCUAUAUCAAACUGGACGGAGGCAAAGCCCACGGCGGCAACAACAACAAGUACAGCACCUUCUCCGGCUUCAUCCUCUACGCAGACUGAAGGCACACAGACCCAGAGACAGUCGGACGGGAA